AUGCGGGAAUGGCGCACGUUCUCGCGGUUCCCGUGCACCGCGAAGGAGUACUACGCGCUCAUGGUCGACGGCGCGUUCCAAGAGCGCCUCCACGUCGACGGACUGAAGAUGGGAUGCUGGGACUUCGAGGACGCGCGCGACGCCAAAGGCGUCCUGCUCUCGAGAGUCGCCUUCUCCGAGCCACGGUUAAACCUCCCCGCGAUCAUCGAGCGUCUCGCGCGAAGGGCGCAGUCCUACCACGAGCACACGACGUACACGCCGUCGGAGUGCCGACGGUUCGUGCGCGUCGUGCCGUGCAUGGGCGCGGAGAACAUGGACUUCACCUUCAACGAGCGACGGCGUCGGCGGGUGCGUUGCGAGCGUCGUGCGCGUCGCGGUGAAGGGGGGUGGAUCGGACGGAUAUUAGAGCGCUUCAUAUGCAGCACGAGCAAGGUGAAGUUGUCGGAGAGGGACGCGUGGCUGCACGCGAAGCACUUCGCGCCGAUGGGGUAUCGACGCAUCGGAUUCGACGACUUUGAGCCCGCGUCGGAUUCGAUCGCCGACGCCGACGCCGGCGCCGCCGCCGACGACGACGACGACGGGGACGUCCCCACGGUCACUCUGAGCUUCCGCGGCGGCGGCUCGGGCAAGAAAAAGAGCGGGAAGGGCGAGGGCGAGUGGGUCGGCGCCGCGGAUCUCAGCGCGCAUCCGCUCCCUCCGAGCGCGUUCCGAAGAAGCGGGUGGAAAAACUUCAAGUCGAAGUUCGCGUCGACCAAACGCAAACGCGUCGCCGCAACCGCGGCGUAG